CAUCAGAAAAUUCAUACUGGUGAGAAACUCUAUAAAUGUAGGGAAUGUGGGAAGGCCUUUAUUCAGCUAUCAUCCCUUAUUCGACAUCUAAGAAUUCAUACCGGCGAGAAGCCAUAUGAAUGUAAGGACUGUGAGAAGGUUUUUAGUUGUGGCUCAGAACUUACUCAACAUCAGAGAACUCAUGCUGGUGAGAAGCCCUAUGAGUGUACGGACUGUGGGAAGUCCUUCAGUCACGGUUCACACCUUGUACAACAUAGGAGAAUUCAUACUGGAGAAAAGCCUUAUAAAUGUAAGGAAUGUGGGGAGACUUUUAGACAUAUCUCACAACUUGCUCGACAUCAGAAAAUUCAUACUGGUGAGAAAUCCUAUAAAUGCAGGGAAUGUGGGAAGGCUUUUAUUCAGCUAUUACAUCUUGUUCGAUGUCUAAGAAUUCAUACUGGUGAGAAACCUUAUGAAUGUAAGGAUUGUGAAAAGACUUUUAGUUGUGGCUCAGGAUGUACUCAGCAUCAGAGAACUCAUACUGGUGAGAAACCUUAUGAGUGUAAGGACUGUGGGAAGGCCUUCAGUCAUGGUUCACACCUUGUUCAACAUCAGAGAAUUCAUAGUGGUGAAAACCUUAUAAAUGUAAGGAAUGUGGUGAGGCCUUUAUUCAACAAUCACAUCUUACUCGACAUCAGAGAAUUCAUGCUGGUGAGAAAUGCUGUGUAUGUGAAAAGUGUGGUAAGGCCUUCAUCUGGAGCUCCAAACUUGCUCUCCAUCAGAGACUUCAUAUUGGAGAAAAAAAAAAAAAAAGAUUAUGAAUGUAAGCAGUGUCAAAGGUCUCCCUUGGUGGCUCACAGGUUUUCAACAGAUUAUAUUUAGAGUAAUCCUAUGAAUAUAAGUAAUUUAGAAAAGUUUUUAUUCAGAGCUCCUACUUUACUCAACAUCAGAAAAUGCAUACUGUGAGAAAUACUACGAAUGUGAGAAAUGUGAAAAGGCCGUUAGUCUUAGCUCAAAACUUAAAUAUUACAGAAUUUACAUUGGAGAAAAAAAACAUCUUACGAAUGUAAGCAAUGUGGGAACACCUUUAACCAGAGCUCAAACUUUUGCAUCAGAGAUUGUAUACCAGCCAGAACAGACAAGUGAAGAAUGUGGGAAGGCUGGUAGUUGUUCACCUACUGGCAAGAAUUUUUUUUAAGCUUACUUAUUUUUGAGAGAGAGAAAGAGAGCGAGU